CCUGCUGCGCGAAUUUCGACCCUUGAUUUUUGAGAUCACUUAGAAUUUGAAUCAGAUACACGACUGGGGAAGACGUACUACACUCUUGUUUAUACGUGCAUUCAUAGUUCAGCUUGUCAAUUACCUAACCUGGACUGGAUACACGUGCUGGCCUAUCACCUGACGAUUGCUGAACUUCCCUUCACCUUAUAAACUGUGCGCUGGAUUUCACAUCUAGCUUUACGAUAAAUUCUCGCUGCCAGCCUAUCUUCACUGACAGUGGCAAUGGCAUCCGCUCCCAACCCAGGUCAAACGCUUCCUAGGAUGCCAGUGGUUGUUCCUGCAAUGGUUCCUCCCUCGAAUGGCGCUGAAGCCUCUACAGGGGGCGCUAGUAACACUGACCCCAGUCCUGAUGCCUGGGACUCCGAAAUGCAACUUGUUUCCUCGCUCGCGAAACUCCAGAAGAUGGAAGCAAUGAUCCACCAACUGCGGACUCUACUUCCUGAGCGCCUUCUGGAACCUCUGGCACCCAUUGUCAACCCCAAGGCCGCUGCGGGAAGACCCGUCCCCAAGUCCCCGCAAAUGCUGUACGAGCAGCUGGCUCAAGCUGCACGCGCGGGUGUUUCCGAGCUGCAAGAGUUUCAGUCGAUGUGGAGAAGUCCCGAGAUGAAAGCGGUCUGGGAUCGCAUUGACGCGCAGAUUAAAGAAAAUGGCGGCGUGAUGCUGCAGCCCACGGGGAAAUGGGAGAGAGAUUACGAUACCAUUCUUGCGGAUCUUCGCGAGGAGGAGCAGACUCAGAACGAGCAGCAGCAGAAAGCUAAUGAGGAGGUGGAGCGAUCGAAGAUUCAGGCCACUGAGGGUGGGUGGAGAGCGAUAGUUGAGGGCUUUGCUCAGAAGAAUGUGCCUGGUGUGCGUGUUUUGGCGAGUCAAAGUGAAGCGGCUGUCACGGUUGUGCUUGUCAAAGCUGGGAUGGUGUUCAGAGUUGAGGCUAUUGCUGGUCAGGAUGGGAAUGGUGUACCUGACUGGCGGGUCUUUACUAGGACGCCUGGGGGGCAAACGCCUUCGAAGGUCGAGACGGCGGUGGCGCAGUGCUUGAAUUCAAGGCCUCGACAGUGGGAUUUGCUUUAUCUACUUGACAUGAUAUCGUCCUACUCAACUAUCAAACAGACACCCUGUGCAAAAUGCACCAAGAUGACCGACAGCACAGCAACCCUUCCCACCAUCCGCAAACCAUCCUCUACUCCCCAAGAACAGGGAAGUCAAACCUGGGAAGCCUAUCAUCAAGGCUGCACUGAAUGAAAGAGGAACAAAGAAAACAAAACAAAUGAGGAAUAUAUAUAUCAUUAAUGAUGGAAUAUCCCAUUCCAACAAUCCCCAGAUGCCUCAACGUUUCAUAUAUCAGACAGGUCGAUCCCAGAUAAAUAUUCACGUCAAUGGCAUUUCGCGGGUAAAAUCAAUGCAUGUUCCUC